AUGAAUGCUAGCCAAAGAUUCUCCAUGAAGAAAGUAUACAAUGCCCUUAUGGAAGAUGAUGAUCAAGUUCCUUGGAGAUUUCUCUUUAAGCACAACCCUGCAAGGCCUCGAGCUCUCUUUACUUUGUGGAUGUUGUGUCAUGGUAGACUACCAACUAAGGAUAGGCUUAGUAGGUUUGGCAUGAUCACUGAUACUAUAUGUAGCCUCUGUAAGCGAGAUGCAGAAACGAUGAGUCACAUUUUCUUCAAUUGCAGCAACACAUCACAUAUAUGGAUUCAAAUUCUGAAGUGGAUUGAGGUGGAUCAUCACCCAUUGGAUCUACAAAAUGAGUUGAGAUGGAUUAUUCAGGAGACUAAGAAAAAAGGGUGGAAAGCUAAAAUCCUGAAAUUAGCUUUUGCAGAGAGUAUCUAUGGCAUUUGGGGUCUUAGAAAUGAGGCUGUUUUUGGUCCUAGUGAUUCCUCCACUAAUGCUGAUAGAAUUAUAGAAAGUAUCAUAUACAGGGGGUGGAAUUUAAAAGCUAUUCGACACCAUAUUGCUAGAUUGAUGAUCUAG